AUGUUGAACGGCGGUGGGAUCAAGGUGUUUACUGGUACGAGCCAUCCGGAACUGGCAGAGAUUAUAUGUCGACGCCUCGGCAUCCCCCUCUCCAAAGCCGACGUCUCCCGCUCCGGAAUCGGCGAAACCAACGUCCGCAUAAUCGAAUCCGUCCGGGAAGACGACGUCUACAUCAUCAACACCGGCUGUGGCGCCGUGAACACAGCACUAAUGGAACUCUGCAUCAUGAUCCACGCCUGCAAGAUCGCGAGCGCGAAACGGAUCACGGCCGUCGUUCCGCUGUUUCCGUAUUCGAGGCAGGAUAAGAAGGAUAAGAGUAGAGCGCCGAUUACGGCGAAGUUGGUGGCGAAUAUGUUGCAGAAGAGUGGGUGCGAUCAUGUUAUUACGAUGGAUCUGCAUGCAUCGCAAAUACAGGGGUUCUUUGACGUUCCGGUGGACAAGUACCUAUACGCGGAGCCGUCUGCAAUCCUCUACAUUCGCACGCACUUUGACCUGUCAAACGUCGUCAUCGUCUCGCCAGACGCAGGUGGCGCGAAACGAGCGACGUCAAUGGCCGAUCGACUAGGCGUCGACUUUGCGCUAUUCCACAAGGAGCGCAAAAAGGCGAACGAGGUGUCGCGGAUGGUGCUCGUCGGGCACGUCGCCGGCAAGGUCGCGAUCCUGGUGGACGACAUGGCGGACACGUGCGGGACGCUGUGUCUGGCGGCGGAGCACCUGGCGGAGGCGGGGGUGGACAAGGCGUACGCGAUCGUGACGCACGGGAUCCUGAGCGGGAAGGCGCUGGAGAGCAUCGAGAAGAGCGCGCUGGACAAGCUGGUGGUGACGAAUACGCUGCCGCAGGAGGAGAACGUGAAGGGGUGCAGUAAGCUGGAGGUGAUCGACAUCGGGCCCGUGCUCGGGGAGGUGAUACGUCGGAGCCAUUACGGGGAGAGCGUGUCGAAGCUGUUCAACGAGGUUCCGUACUGA